AUGCAUCAUCAGACCGCCGUGAUGAAAAUCAUCACGCUUUUCUUCACAUGCAUCUCCCUUUCUUCCGCAGCCCUCAAUACCACCCGCAUGUACUAUCUCAAGACGCAGCUCAAACCCGAUAGUGACCAUGGCAAAGCCGAAUACGGCGACCUUUGGCUCUCGUCUUACCAUACUGGUGCGGGCACGUCUGAUGUCACCUUCUUGCAUGACCACAACGCCUCUACCGAUCAUAUGAAAGGCUAUCUCGGCGCCAUCAAUGUCACUGCCAAYGACAUGCAGUACUACAACGCCCUCUUCGACUUCGGCAGCGAUUACCCCUGGGGACUGGUCAUGGUUCCCGCGGUGAGCUUCUACUCCGCCUGGCAGCCAGUGCGUGUCAACAUCGGUGUCAGCGGUCCUGAUUUUACAAUCUCUGGCUUCUUCAUGAACGAUACGGGACUGCAGUGGACUAGCAAUGUACAAGCUCCCGGUUCGCCCAAUGAUAUGUUCGGAGGAUGGCUGGUUUGCGAUUGGUGGCAUGGUGAUCCUCAGCUCUUUUUCCGCAUCAGUUACUAUAGCACUCCGGCUCCCGGUAGCUGUGCGGAUGUGUACUUGAAGCCAGUCUACAUCUAG